AAUUCGGUCUGCCCAUUCCCCAUUCCCCCACGUCACCGCUACAGUACAAAACCUUUCACCGGAUACUCUGUUUGAAAAUAGAAGUUUUUACCAACAGCAUCGAGCGAUCAAUACCACAUUUCUGCUCGAAAGAGUCUACUCAUCUGCCACCCAUCGACCUUACAAACCCCUCAUCAAGGAACAAAUCCAGCUAUGUCUUCCAGCGAGAAAGAAGGAGGCGGCGUUUCUGCCCAGAACAAGGGGUCUUGGAGUGCUUUCCUCAAGUCGAUUGCCUCGUUCUCAGGAGAUCUGUCGUCUCUGACAGCUCCACCAUUUAUCCUCUCCUCAACUUCGUUGGUCGAGUUCUCCUCAUACUGGGCAGAGCACCCAGCGCUUUUUAUUGCACCUGCGAAAGAGCAGGAUCCCCAGAAGCGCGCGCUUCUGGUACUGAAAUGGUUCUUAUCUACGCUUAAGCAGCAGUAUGCCAGUCGUAGUGAAAAGUUUGGAAAUGAGAAGAAGCCCUUGAAUCCUUUCCUGGGAGAGCUGUUCUUGGGCAAGUGGGAAGAUGCAUCAGGUACAACAGAGUUGGUAUCAGAGCAAGUCAGCCACCACCCUCCCGUCACCGCAUACCGUAUCGCAAAUAAGCAGCACGGCGUAUACCUGGAAGGCUACAAUGCGCAAAAGGCGUCAUUCGCCCGCACAAUCUACGUCAAGCAAAUCGGACAUGCAGUCUUCACGAUACCAGCUUUCAACGAGACCUACCUGAUCACCCUACCAAACCUGCACAUCGAAGGUCUCAUUUUUGGCGCACCAUUCGUGGAGUUGAAUGACAAGACAUACAUUACCAGCAGUUCAGGCUAUACUGCCAAGAUUGAUUACAGUGGCAAGGGCUGGUUGUCAGGCAAGAAGAAUAGCUUCACAGCGACUUUAUACCCUACUGGUAAGGAGAAGGAUGUUAUUUACACUGCGACUGGACAGUGGACAAAGUCGUUCGAGAUCACGGAAGGAAAGAAGCAGGUUGUCGAUACGUACAAUGCCGAGGCUUCUCCCACCACCCCCCUCACUAUUGCCCCAAUCGAGGCGCAAGACCCCAUGGAGUCUCGAAGAGCAUGGCAAAAGGUCGCAGCUGGUAUCGCUGUAGGAGACAUGGACGCCACUGGAGUUGAGAAGACAACAAUUGAAGAGAGCCAGAGAGAAUUGAGACGCCAAGAAGCCGCCGAGGGACGGCAGUGGGAGAGACGCUAUUUCAAGAAGCUCGACACAGAUCCCAUCUUGGAGAAAUUAGGCCCACAGAUCGGUGUCUUGCCAGAAGCUGACAAGACGGGAGGGAUUUGGAGGUUUGAUGAGGAGAAGGCGAAUGCAUUGGCCACGAAGACUUCGAGUGCUGCGCCGGCGAAGGAGCUGUAGACAUCGUGGGGGUGAAAGACGGGAUGAGUUGAGAAAGCCAUUGGCUCGUUGGCGCAGUGGAGCAAACUUUUGGAAAUGGGACUGUUUUGUUCUACGCGAAAUACAUUGUACUAAUAGAUAAUCGGCAAGCAUAGGUAAUAGAAUGUGCAAUUGCGAUUCUUUUCACGCUA